UUUGUUGAUUAUUUUAUCGAGAUGUUGUGGUUCUGAAAUCUAGAUAUUUGUUCUGAAGAUUAUUUGUUGCUAUUGAAUUUAAAAAUCAUUAAAAAUUUAUUUCUCAUCACUUUCCAUUGUAAACACACUUAAAGCCAUUUAAAAUGGCAAUAGUCUAGGACAUCUGAGUUAUAAAUUAUUUUGUUGUAAAUGUCGAAAUCGUGUAAGUUUGGACAGUUUCGUUUCUUGUGCUUAGAAUGGAGGGUCCUGGAAUGAGUUUAUUUAAAGGUGCUGCAAGCAUUCACAUAAAUAAUAGUGCUCAGGAUAGGCUAGAAGAACAAGAAGAACUUGAAGAUCAAAAAAGGCGGGAUGCAGAGUUAAAACAUAAACUUGCGAAUGCUUUUGAUGAUCUUCAAGAUGACGACGAAGCCAGCUCUGUAAACAGUAGCGGAAACUGCACCUUGGACCAUACAAAUGCAAAUAAUAAACAUUAUGCAACAGACAACAAAUACGGAACAGGCCUCUUACCCACAUAUACUGAAUCUAUUAACACAUUUAAAGAAGGCAUGCCUCUGUCUCAUUCAACAAAAUUAUAUUGCGAUACACCAAAAAGUCACCAUAUACAACAUAUGAGGAACCAAGAUGAGCCAGUAAAACUUCAGUAUAGUCCCUAUGGUGCAGGUGAUGCACAAAAUCAUUAUUAUCCACAAGAGAGAGAACAUCUGAAUGGCUAUGGGACAGGACAAGGGUAUAAUAAAAAUUAUGAACAACUUAAAGUUAUGUAUGAAGGUAGAGUGAAAGAGUUAGAGCAAUAUGCGGCACAAAUGAAGAACUUAGACAAUGAAGUAGACAGUUUACGAGGUCGCUUAGAAGCUGCCAUACAUGACAAAGAUAAAGCUGAAUUCUCUUUGCAAGAGGCACAUACAUUACUUGCAUCAAGUAAGCAUAAGACAAUAGAGUUAGAACAGCAAGUGGGAACUUUAACACAGAAAUUGAUAGAAAGUGAUGAAGAUAAGGAGCAAUUAAGGCUAGAGCUCCGGUCAGCGAAUAUUGGCUUACAGGAGAUACAACAGAGGUUGCAUACUAUGAAGGUGGCGCACACGCACGAUACGGACGCAUUGUUCAGAGAACAACAAGACAGAUAUAGAGAAGAAAUGGAUAGACUGCAAAAUGAUUUGAUGAAGGCAAAGAGUAGACUUGAUGAAAAGGAUAGAGAGAUAAAACACCUGGAGAAAAAAUGUAUGGAACGGGAUAGAGAAAAAGAAGAGAUUUUAAUAGAGAAAGGUGGUACUAUAAAUCGGCUGGCCAACGAAUUAGAAGCGGCACAGACUAGAUUGGUCAGUGGGGAGACGGCGCGGUUAAAGGAAAAAGUCAGUCAAUUGACUACGGAAAGGAAUUCUUCAAGGGAACAGGUUAAAGAGCUUGGGACCAAACUCGAGGUAACAGCUCAGGAAUUAGUACUCUGUCGUAACAAACUAACUGGAUGUCAGCGAGAAUAUGAAAAUUGGCGAUCAACACUCAAUCAAAUUCUACAUGAAGUGUUGCCAGAUAAUAGUUUUAAUAUUGGCGAUUCACCGUCACCGGGAAAACUUGCAACCUUAAAGGAAGUAUUGAGUCGAUAUAAACAGCAAAUACAGAAGGUUGGACAACUUCAAGAGGAAAUUAAUAAGAGGGAAAGAAGAUUAGAACAACACAGAAAGCAAGAGUCUGAGUUGCGUUCUAAAUUAGAAGAACAAAAAGGUAUAGAGUUGCAACUCAAUUCAAGAAUAGCGGUUCUACAGAAUAAAUUGGAAUUACUUGGAACACAUUCGGACAGUGAAUUAGUGGAGACGUACAGACAACAAAAUGAAAUUCUCAGGAAAGAGAUGGAAGAUUUCAAGAGCGAGAUGAAAAGUAUUGAAAUAAAAUACACCGAACUGGAAAUGGACUACGAGAAGUUGAAAAUUGAGCGAGGCAGCAGGGCGUCACUAGCGCAGGAAGCGAAUGCGGAUUUAUUAAGGGAAUUGGAAAACUAUAGCGCACAGCUAAAAGACACGCUCAAAGAAAAUGGCGAAUUGAAAACAUUGUAUCUUCAAGUAUGCAGUUCCCGCGAUUCCGUCUCACGAGAACUGAAAGACGUACGAACAAACAUGCAAAAAGAAAGAGAUGACUUCAGGAAGCAAGAGAAAGAGUACAUAGAGCGGAUAGAAAGAGAGAAAAAGCAAGCCGAAAAAUUGGCAGGAGAUUUAACUAGUUCAAGGGAAGAGAUAGAAAGAGCUAAUAAGAGAAUAUCGGAGUUGCAAAAGGAGUUCACGGAUAAGCAAAAAGAGUUUACUGAUAAGUUGAAUAAAUACUUGGAAGAUGAAAAGUCCUCUAUGCGUAAAGAAAUAAAGAACUGUCUUCAAUGCGAGACUCAGCUAAAACAAAUUAAGUACUUGGAGGAGCAACUUAAUAGGUGUAAUGUUAAAUUAGCGGCCCAAGAAAGCAACGACGCUCUCAUGAAGGAAUUGAAAGCUAAUGCGGAGGUUUUCAAAAAUUACAUAAUGGAUAGGUUCAAGAAGAUUCAGGAUCAGAGAAAUGUUGGAACUAGCACUCAUGACGGCGACACAGAUUCUGGUACUGAGGAAGUACUGCCUCAGGACGAUAUGGCUGCUGAGACAGCACUUAUGAUGAAAGAGAAGGCAAUACGCGACCAAAUUGCCGAGAAAUUCACGUUAGAAAUGAAAACAGUUGAGAUGAAUUGUGCGAGGCGUGUGAAAGAGAUAGAAGACGAACAAAUGUCAACUGUCACAAAAUUAAAAGAAUUGUUGGAAAGGAAGGCGAAGGAGGUUGAUACGUUGAAGGAAUUUAUACUUUCCGAGCGCGGGAAAGUUACGCAGAUAUUGGAAUCAAAGGAAAAUGAGAUUUCGGUGCUUAUAAAGGAGCAUAAUGAGUUGCAAGCGGAGUGUCAGAGGGUGAAAGAUGACAUCAUUGAAUGGAAGCAAAGGGCAGAGAGGUAUAAGGAGAGGUUGUCGAGAUUAGGCUCAAUGGAGGAUAUUAUGAAGAAAGAAAGAGAAGACAUGAAAUUGAAAAGCAGUUCAUCCGUUAAGGAGUGUCAGAGUUUGCGAACGAAGUUAAUGGAAUUGCAAUCUCAGUGUACACAGUUGGAACAGAAGUUAAAUAAAUUACAAAAUGAAUAUCAAAUAAUUCAGGAGAAAUACAAAAACGCUAAAAAGACUGUCUAUACUUAUAAGGAUUACAUGGGAAAGAAAGACGAGCACAUAAAUAGUGAAAUGAGCAGGAUUCAAGACGAGUACAGGAAGAUUUUCGUGAAGUUGCAGAACCAAAUCAAUUACUUGAUGACAAAGGUACAUGAAGAGAGACGCGGUUCGAAAUCGCAGUAUCAGGAAUAUGAUUGCACGGAGAAAAUUAAGAAGCUAAACGAAGAUUUCGCUCGACUCACCCAAAAAAAUUUCAACGGUCCAGACCUCAAUCAGUGACUUCUAGCGGAAUAUUACUAUGCAUAUCAAGUAUACGACAUACACAGAAAAACUCUUGCAAAGAAAAAAACAUUUCAACACAAAGAUAUAAAGAUGGUAAUUCAAUUACCAAACAAACAUUAAACUCUCGAUUCUUCGCGAUUCUAAUAGUGGUAAAGAGUUUUGAAAUAUUUUGUAUCAAAAUAAAGUUCAUUUUUGCGUAUAUGUAAGUAAUUCAGUCUAAUUACUAUCUUAACUAAAGUAGUGUCGUCUCUUUCUGUCAAAUUAUUUUUAUGCUGCGAUUGAAAGAGGCAACUAAAAUAAGGGGGUACGUCCACAUCUUCAGGACGGGAAGCAUGUAUAGUCUUCAUGAAAUCGGUUACGAAAGAUAAGCAGUACUUGCUAAAUAUAACUUCUUCGUGGUAAUAAGGUCGUUUUUUAAUGAAAAUGGUGCGUUAAUAUUUAAAUUUUUUAACGUAAUAAUGAUGAAAUCCGAACUAGCUGGAAAUUGACAUUCCAAAGUACAAAAACAUUAGUGAUCUCUAUAUUUAUUAUAAGAAUAUUUGUGAACUUAAUAGCGAAACCUCACAACUUUUUUGUACUUAAAAUUUUACUAUAGAAAUUGAGAACUGGCAGUAAAUGUAAAAUUAGAAGCAUUUAAAUACAUUAAAUUUCUUUUUUUUUCACGUUCAUAAAUGUACAUUAAUGUACAUAAUAGUUACAAAAAAAGAACUAACACAAAAACCAUUACGAUUGAAAAAACUUUCAUCAGAUGACAUAUUAUUGUUAAGUAACAAAUGAGUGUACUUAUAUUUUCUAAACAAAAAUAAUAAAUUCAAAUCCAAAAAUGGUAAUAUAAUGUACACUUAUGAACG